AUGACCAAACUGAGGGGCAACCGUAUCUCACCCGCGCUCAAGUUCUCCCCACCUGUCACAGUCCUCCUGCCAAUCGAUCAUAUAUCUCUUGUGACCUCCGUCUCCGCCCUCAAGGAGUCCUCCCCCCCCCGCUCCCCCUUGAACAUGUCACGGCAGCAGUCGAGCAAUCGCUGCUGUCGGUACGCAUGGCCAGUCAACUGGCUCAGGCUGGAGCUCCUAUGGUUGAAGGUGGGUGAAUCACCUGAAGAGCAAGGAGAUCUGGGCUGGGGUGGAGGCUGGGCUUUCGAGAGGUGUAUGGUGAUCAGCGUUGUUGUCGGGCGUGGUUGGCGGCAUCCGCCGCACUGCCGUUGA